GAGUUCUGCAAGAAAAAUUGUGAUAUUGGGGAGAAGGGGAUAUUGUCGUCGCAACAUUAAUUGUUUAUGGUUCGCUAAAUCGCUUUCAGUCAAGCAUUCCUUCGACUUUUGCUUGUUUGUUAAUUAUUUGAGUUUUUUAGGUCGUUUUCCACGUUUUUAGAUAUGACAGUGUAUGAUAUAAGUGUCACGAUAGAUUGGUGCUAAUAAAUAUUUGUGUAAAACCGGUCUAUCAACAUGGAGACCCCUACAAUGGAUACUAUUUACCAGGCCAUAAGCGCCUUAUAUGAUAACCCCAAUGCUAGCGAAAAAGAAAAAGCCUCGCUAUGGCUGGGGGAUAUGCAAAAAUCCAUACAUUCGUGGAAGAUAGCCGACGAGCUUUUGCAGCAGAAAAAGGAUAUGCAUUCAUGUUAUUUUGCUGCUCAGACAAUGAGAUCAAAGGUGCAACACAGUCUGUCGGAGCUGCCACCCGAGGCACUCGUUUCCCUCAGAGAUUCUCUAGUCGCUCACCUAGAGCACACGUCGCCAGAGACCAGUGCUUCAGUGUUAACGCAGCUGUCACUGGCUCUUGCAGACCUAGCUCUGCAGAUGCCUUCCUGGCAGAAUUGUAUUGGUGACUUGAUAAAAUCAUUUUCAAACAAAAAUGAUUUUGCACUCCUAGAAGUAUUGACUGUGUUACCUCAAGAAAUAGACUCGUCUGGCUUGAAACUUGGUGAAAAUAGGAGAGAAGAAAUCAAGUCUGAGUUAAGGUCUAAUGCUCAUAUAGUAACCUUAUUUCUUAAAGAAAGCAUCAGUAGUUCUCAAAAUACACAUGUAGCAUUGAAAAUAAUUAAAUGUAUGACAUCUUGGAUACAAGUGAGAGCAAUCAACAUACAGGAGGUUCCUCAGAAUGCUGUUAUAGGUUUCAGUUUACAGGUUCUUAGGGAUCACAAUUCUAUAAACACGCUGCAUGAUGCCGCUUCUGACUGUAUCACAGCUCUGUUGCACUGCCUAGAGGAGAAUAACAAUAAUGAAAAUAUAGAAAGGCUACUGUUUGAGAGUGUGUCUGCAUUGGAAGAGAGUUACCAUUUGGCGGUGGCUCAUGAGGAAGAUGAGAAAGCCACAAACUAUGCUCGGGUAUUCACAGAGUUAGCCGAGACCUUCUUGGAGAAGAUUAUAGUGUCAAUGUCUGGUGGGAACACACACUUUGCUCUGAGGUCAUUGGAGCUGGCAUUAGUGUGUGUUGGACAUCAUGAUUAUGAGGUAGCAGAAAUAACUUUCAACUUAUGGUACCGGCUUUCUGAAGAGGUUUACCAGCGUGAUUACCAGCCACUUACAGAUGCUUUCAAACCUCACAUAGAAAGGCUUAUUGAAGCAUUAGCAAGGCAUUGCCAGUGCGAGCCAGAUCACACACAACUGCCUGAUGAAGGAGAUGAGUUCUAUGAGUUCCGCAGCAAAGUAAUGGGUCUGAUCAAGGACGUGGUGUUCAUAGUGGGCUCGAGCUCGGUGUUCCGACAGAUGUUCGCCACGCUGCACGCCGACAUCAGCUGGGAGCAGACGGAGGCCGCACUCUUCGUCAUGCAGUCCGUCGCCAAGAACAUAUUGCCUGAGGAAUACGAGUAUGUCCCGAAAGUCGUAGAAGCGAUUCUAUCAAUGCCCGACACCGCCCACAUCGCGGUGCGAAAGACUUGCAUCCUGCUGCUGGGAGAACUCUGCGAGUGGAUCGAACGCCACUCGGAGUGCCUCGAGCCUUGUCUUCAGUUUCUCAUCAAGGCUCUACAUGACAAGCAGCUUGCUUACGCUGCAGCUACGGCGUUACAGAACAUCUGCCGCGCGUGCCGGUCUCAGGCGGCCAGCCACGUGGAAAUCCUGCUGCGGGCGGGCGCGGCCAGCGACAGCCUGGCGCUGCCGCCGCUGGCCGCGGCCGCGCUCAUGCGCGCGCUGGCGGCCGCCAUCGGGCGCCUGCCGCCCGAGCAGCUGGCGGGCGCCAUGCGCGAGGCCGUGGGCGUGCAGGUGGCCGGGCUGGCCGCGCUGCUGAAGGCGGGCCGCGAGGUGCGCAAGGGCACGGAGUCCGACCCGGCCGUGUGGCUGGACCGCGUGGCGGCGCUGUUCCGCGACGUGGACGCGCCGGGCGGCGCGGGCGAGCACCCGUGCGUGCCCGCGCUGUCGGACGCGUGGCCCGUGCUGCAGGCCGCGCUGGCGCGCCACCAGCUGGACGCGCGCGUCAUGGAGCGCUGGUGCCGCUGCGUGCGCUUCGCGCUGCGCAUGUGCGGCGCGCGCGCGGCCCCGCUGGCGCCGGCGCUGGCGGCGCGCCUGCGCGAGCUGUACGCGGCGCGCCCGCACUCCUGCGUGCUGUACCUGGCCUCCGUGCUGCUGGACGAGCUGGCCGCCACGCCCGCCGCCGUGCCGCACCUGGUGGCGCUGCUGCAGGACGUCAUGCCGCAGGCCUUCCGCCUGCUGCAGCCGCCCGAGGCGCUCAAGGAGAACCCCGACACCGUCGACGACCUCUUCCGACUUUGCAUCAGAUUUCUCCAGCGCAUCCCACAAGAGUUUUUAUCAUCGGAAGCCCUACCUACAGUGAUGCAAUGCGCCACCCUGGCUUGCAGUCUGGAUCAUCGAGAAGCAAACUCUUCCGUCAUGAAGUUCCUUUCCGACUUUUGUAAAGUUGCUAAUACCACACGUUCCGAUAAGCAACAUAUCAGAGCGCUGGCGGCCAGCGCGCUGAACACGUGGAGCGCGGAGCUGACGUUCGCGCUGGUGUCGGCGGGCGCGCUGUGGCUGCACGCGCACAUGCUGGGCGAGCUGGCCGACGUGCUGCUGCAGCUGCUGGGCUGGCAGCGCGCCGCGCGCCUGGACCACCUGCAGCCGGCGCUGGCGCGCCUGCCGCGCGACCGCCCCGCGCACGCCACGGACCAGCAGUGCUGGACCUUCCACCAGUACGCCAUGCGGGCAGAGAAAUGCAAAGAAAUGACCCGGUUACUACGCGACUUCGCGAGAUUGUACCGAUAAAAUUAAGGACAAACAGUAACUGAACAAAUUAUUGAAACUAACUAAUUUUGUUAGUCCCAUCACACCGGACGAACGACUAAGUGACACAUUAUCGACCUUAGUUCAGUGUAAACAAUAUUUAUCAAACACAUAUAAACAACUCUAGUGAAGUGAACUGACUAAACGAAACUUAAUACAGUUAAGUGUAGCAAUUUGUUAAGCCUUGGAUCCAAUGUGGCAAGUGUUGAUUAUAAGUACUGUGGCUUCCAUGACUAUAGUCAUUUCCAACGUAAAACACUACGAUACGAACAUAUUAUUUAAGUAGAGCUAAAAGACAUGCGUGAUUUUGUUUUAUGGACAAAUUAGAAUAAACGAAAGCGGCGCAUAAUUUUUAGUAUAUUUAAGUUGUACUUUCGUACAAGAUAUUUAAGCACCUUCUCGGUUGCAUCUCCACUAAUAUGUUAGUGCUAUGACUCGUCUUGUUUUACUACUAAUGAUAAAUAUUUAUUAAUUUAAAACAUUGACUUUUGUUUUCAAACAUCAGGCAAACUUUUGUGGAAUCUGAUCAUGAGCUUAAUGAAAAUUAAAUGAAAGUAAUAAAUCAUCAUAAGAUCUAAGGCUAGUAUCAUCUUGCGUUUUCGUUCCGUGUGUGGUCGUAGUUAGGAUGCGUAAGCGCAUGUACGAGCAAUAAAUUGCGUUCAACGCGUCUACGUAGAUACGAUUCUGUCUACUAAAUUACUCAAUUGAUUUGACUUUGUUUGUUGUGUUUUCUUGUGCAAGUCUUAUUGUGUGAAUAUAUAUCGCGGAGUUUAUAAAUUAAUGCAGCUUAGACAAAGACAGCUAAGUCGUGGUCUAGAAAUAAGUUGUAAUUUUCGGGUGAAGUUUAAGUCUAUGCGUCUGUGAUUUUUUUGUUGAUUGCUAAUUCUUACUGCUAACAAUGUAAAUGUAUGUAACUCGUGGAUUAACAGCUCUAUCCAAUUUUAUUAUUAGUUUGGACUGUUGGGCAACUGGGUAUAGAUUUAACGUAUAAACCAUCAGUCUGUUGCUAGUCAUAAAGAACUUAAUGUUAAAAUACUAAUUACAAAUUAUGGGCCAUGUUGGCUGGUUAUUAAAAUAUACAAGAAAAUACAACAAAUAAUUUAGCCUUCUUUUUGAUUGAUCAAACAUACGACGUAUGGUCCUAUGAGUAGGUAAGUACCAAUACUUUCGAUUGGCGCAAAUAUAUUUUGUUAUAUUAUACUCACUUUUAUUUCGAAUGUGAUAAUACGCAUUGAAUUGUAAAUAUUUAUUAUAAAUGUUUACUUUUA